AUGGUCGCCCCUUGGGUGAAUCCUGUCUCGCCGAAGCAGAUCGAAGAGUCCACGGCUGCGUUGAUGAAGUUCUUUGGCGACUCUCAUACCACGCAGGUAGCCGUUGAGUCAGUGAAGCCCUUUCUUCAAUCUUCGCGAGAGAUCGAGAAUCCCAGGCAUGCCUUGGCAGAGGGUAUCCCUCAGCUGCAGGAGGAGCCAUUCCAGAUGGUAGAUGCGCUUCCCCGACGCUUAGAAAUUGCUUGCGCUGUGAAAAACAAGAUUCGCGCCAUGGCCCUCGAGCCGCAUUUCUCUACUGGAGAGUUUGCCGACCAUCUUCCGGAUGAAUAUCUCAAUUUCUCCUUCACCUUGAUGCAGUUCUCUGUGUUUCUCUGCAUGGACCUGCAACGGCUAGAACAGCUGCACGAAGAUUCCUUAGGACCGUUCUGGUUUGAUCAGCUGCGCCAUAUCGAGGCACUUUUUGGAACCUGUGCGUGCGAAGUUGGGGCCUCUGACGAAGCGUGGAACAUGCUGACCAUGGCCCCAACACAACAUCGCGCUCAACGAAACUAUGUGUUGUGUUAUGCGGAUGUGUCAUUUGCAUUUGAGAAAGUUCGCAUGUACAUGCAAAGAGGAUACUGUAAAUACAUUGAUGAUUAG